UUUUCUUUUUUGUUUUUGUUUUGUUUUGUUAUGUUUGUUUACAUUUUAGAUUAAAAGCAAAAUGGGUUUUAUUAUUGCUGCCGUUGUUCUUAUUCUUAUAACAUUAAGCAUUGCUGUUGGCUUGGCUGGUUUAAUUAUAGGCUGCGCUGGAAGAUCGUGGUUAAAAACUCCGUUCUGGGAUCAAGGAUUAUGGAGUUUGGAUGCUUUUGGUGAAACGUUACAAAGAAACAAUAUUUUUCGUUUUAAAAAUUCUGACGAUAUCAUAUUGGUUCUAAUUAUAAUUGGAGCUGCAUUUGCUUUAAUGGCCUUUGUGUGUGUGCUAACUAUUUGUUGCUGCCGAAAAAAUCCAUCACGACGAAGAAUUUGUAGUAUAACGUUAAUAAUUCUAACAUUUUUUACUGCUGUUAGCGGCUUAGCUGCGGUUAUAUAUGCGGAAGUUCUUUAUAAAUCUGCAUGGAGUAUUACGGGAUACAGACAUGGAUAUGCCUUCAUUUGUGCUUGGAUUGGCGCAUGUGCGUGCUUUGUUUCAUUAGUGCUAUCGUGCAUUAAUAUUUGUAUAAACCCGUCUAAUACACACUCCAUUUACAACAACUAUCCGAAAAAUGAAUAUAAAUCCCAUAGCGAAAAGGUUUUGCAAAUGGAUAAUCUUGGUUAUCGAUAGUUAAAUACAUGCUAAAAUUUUAAUGAAAACAGUUGUUAAAUUAUCAUUAACAUUUGAUAUCAGUUUGUAAUUUGAUUGUUUAUAAACACGUUAAUCUUUUUCGUUCAUACUAAA